UGUCCUCAGCAACGUCAGUGUCAGUUCUCCUCAGGUUCUCCAGAGGAAACACUGCAGCACAAAAUGCUUCUCCUCCCAGCUGCUGCCCUGUGCUGUCUGUGUUCAGCUCUGCUUACCAUGCAAGAAGAGCUGAUUCAGGAUGAUUUAACACUGACCAGGAGUGUCGGAGAAGAAGUCUCCUUCAGCUGUGGACGAACUGACCACUGUGAUGAAGACUGGGUAUGCUGGUACCAGAAGAAAGACACAGAAACAUUCAGAGGGAUUAUUUGUAUCACCGGGUCUAAUGGUGACAUAUAUAGAAGCUACAACCAUCCUCAGGUAGACGAUUUCUCAGCUGUGAAUAAACAGAACGGCUCUGAGUUACAGAUCCAGAGCGUUGAACGCUCUCAUUCAGCCACCUACUACUGUUCCUGUUGGAAACCCACAGUGAGAAAUGAUCCGAGCAGCCUGAACAAAAACCAACAGAUGAACAGAUGUGACUCAGAGAGCAGUAAACCACAGACAGAGACACACUGCUUGUCCUGCUACAUGGGUCAGUAUGUGUCCGCUCCAAGAAUCUGUAUGCCAUGUUUGACUGAUCUGGAUAGGGCCCAUGCGAUACUGCAACUUCAAGCUGGUGUUCCACCAAACCAAGAUGUGGCAUUAUUUGGAGUGAGCCCUCGUACCAUCGCCAAAGUGAAGGCCAAGUUCCAGAUAACGGGCAAAGGCUGCGAAAAACCCCUCAUGGAGCUGAAAUAUGAUCCUGGUUCAUCCUCUGACUCAUUCAGCAGCACACAGGUUUUUGUAGCACUCUUUCUCACUGUGGAAGGUGGUGGAUUGUACUACUUGAUCUUUGGCUCUGGGACUAAACUGUUUGUAACAGAUGAGCCCGUGGUGAAACCCGUGGUGAGCGUGUACCCGGCAGCAUCCAGAGCCCAGCUGGAGGGGAAGAGCUCUCUGCUGUGUGUGGCCUCAGACAUGUUUCCUCCUCUGGUCCAGAUCUCCUGGAAAAGACGAAAGGGGGACGGUCAGCUGGAGGCGAUGCCCCCUGCUGAAAGCAAGAUAAGGAAGCUCAGAGAGUCGGGAUGCACCGCCUCCAUCCUGAUUGUCCCUCAGAGAGAGAACAGCACUGAUAGAUACCUCUGCUCUGUGAAGCACGAGGGGUUCAAAGUGACGUCCAGAACUGGACAAGCCCUUUUCAGAUUCCAGUGCAGGAUGAAGCUGCUCUCUCUGCUGUACUCGCUGCUGAUCCUGAAGAGUCUGGUGUACUGCUGCGGACUCUCUCUGCUGAGGAUCCUCAUAAACAAGCCACCGUCCAUCAGCUGCACAUGUGCUGACCGACUGUCUCCUGCUGGCCAGUUCUCACCAUCAGAUCUCAUCAGCUCACCUCUGUAAAGCUAUUCUCAGCAGGUACAAAUGUAGAUUCCAACAUGUGGAGGGUGGUUGGAAAAUGGAUGGAUCUCUGCAGCGUCAGAUAAAUCCCCCUGGAGUUCUAAACAGAAACAGAUUUCUAUUCUGAUACUGAUUAUGUUGUAUAAAGUUCAUUUGAAUAGAUUCUGUUUACACUCAGUAAAUAGUGAUUUGUAGAAAUGUUUCCAAUGAUCCUCUUUCUGCUAGAUUAGACCUCAUUUAUUGAAUGUUUCAUACAUAUGCAGAGUGUAGCAGCUUCUUACAUUUUUUACAGUGUAACUUUCUCAAUAAAGUGAA